GUGAUUUCUAAAAAUUCACAUGUACUUUCAACAGCUUACAGCUGUCAUCCUCAGGCGAAAAUUGAAUACUAUAAAUUUCGAAUGCUUAGCUUUUUACAAAUCACUGCUUGUAACUCCGCAACACCGAUGUGUUAAUCAUAUAUUACUCUACGUUGGCGUGAAGUGAUAUUUUAGAAGCUGAUAUUGGCAACUUAAUCAUUGUUGCCAGUCGUCAUUUGGAGCAUCUUGCUUUACAACCAUCUCUAACAAAAAACAGCCUGUUUGUAUCUCUUUCAUUUGCUCAAUGUUGUUUUUCAAAUUUGAAAUCUCUUCAAUUAGGAUACAUAGAUGAACUUCCUUCAGAAGGUGAUUGGUCAGAAGAAAUGUUAGAAGGGAUUGGUUUGACAGAAUCAACUGAUUUACCAUGUUUGAUAACUGAUACAGGGAUGAAAGUUAUAUCUCAGAUUUUUCCUAAUCUGAAAAGUCUCUCAAUAAAUAACUGUAUUCAUGUAACAACACCACAUUUAUGGUGUCCUGAAGGAACCCUGCCUUGGAAGCAUUUAACCGAUCUUAUAGUGCGUCACUGUACUCAUCUUCAUCUUUCAUCUUUUAUCCAUUUUAUAGAAAGUUUAUCAUCGGUAGAAACUUUAAUAUUAGAAGAUGUGUUUAGAGAAGCACCAAAUACAUAUGAUCAUGUUUGCUGCAAGGAAUAUGUGGUGCAUGAUGAUUUACUAGAAAAACAAAGAGAAGGUAACUUUGAAGAUUUGCAAAAUACAAGAGUGGAUUUAUGUGAUAAUAUACAAAAAACUCCAAAAAAUGAUUACAAUGAAGUACAAAAUAUAAAAAGACAAAGUAAGAAGAGAAAAUUGAAUAAUUCUGAUGAAAAUAUUUAUCAUGCUUCAACUAGUGGAGUUAAUUCUUCAGAAGAACAUAUAAAAUCUGAUGCCAAGGAUAAACAUGGAACUGAAGAGAAAAGCAAUUCUUGUGCCUUUAACAAAAGACAAUGUAAAUACAAUCCUGAUAAUUCAUUAGACAUUCCAUAUGAUCCAAGCAAUAUGACAUUUUCUCAGGAUGAAUCUUCAGAAAGAAAUUCAAAUAAAAGAUAUCUAAGGAGUGAAUCAUCUCAAACAACGAAUAGUUUUAUUAGACAGUGUUUCCCUCCAUCUCAUUGCAGAGAGGUGCAUAAUUGUAUGAUGUGUUCUUCAGAUUAUAUAAGUGAAGCAAACAUUAUUCAGAGCAAUGAAGAAAUCAUUAAUGUAGAUAAAUCAACUGAUACAUGUGACUUAAUUUUGCAAACUAAUUGCAAUCAG